AUGACUGCCUCUGCUAAAUCUUUAUGCAUGUUUGUUCUUCUUUUUCUUUUGAGCAUUAAUGCUAGUGCUUUGAGUGGUAAUGGUAAUGUUGGUGAUCAUGAUGAGGGCGACUAUUGUUCUUAUAGGAGUUGGAGAAGCUGUGGAAGUUUUUUUGGUAGAGGUGGCAAAGGUUUUGGUGGUGGUGAAGGAGGAGAUGGUGUUGGGUUUGGCCAUGGUGAAGGAUAUGGAGCAGGAGCUGGUGUAGGAGGUAACGACGGUGGUGGUGUUGGUGCUGGAGGUGGAGGAGGAGGUGGUGAAGGUGGGAAUGGUGAAGGAUCCGGCUAUGGAAGUGGUUUUGGCGCAGGUGUUGGUGUAGGAGGUGAUGGAGGUGCAGGUGGUGGUGGAGGAGGAGGAGGAAGAGGAUGGGGUUCUAAUGGUGGAGGAUAUGGACAUGGAAGUGGUUAUGGUGCUGGGAUGGGUUUUGGGAACAAUGGAGGUGGAGGUGGAGGAGGAGGUGGAGGCGGAGGCGGCGGCAAUGGUGGUGAAGGAUAUGGACAUGGAGAAGGUGGGGGUGUAAGUGGAAGUGGUGGUGGAGGAGGAGGAAGAGGAUGGGGUUCUAAUGGUGGAGGAUAUGGACAUGGAAGUGGUUAUGGUGCUGGGAUGGGUUUUGGGAGCAAUGGAGGUGGAGGCGGAGGCGGAGGUGGAGGUAGCGGCAAUGGUGGUGAAGGAUAUGGACAUGGAGAAGGUGGGGGUGUAAGUGGAAGUGGUGGCUCAACCGGGGUGAAAGGUGGUGGGCAUGGAAAUAAUGGCAAGGGAAAUGGGAUCAAUAUAGGGUUUGGAAUGGGCAUGGGCUUUGGGUUUGGCAUGGGAAGCAAUAUUGGGAGUGAUGAUGCACCCAACAACAGUGACAAUGUUUCCCCCUAA